AUGUAUAGGUUGGAGUGCGGUGUGAGGCAAGGGGGCUUAAGUUCACCGAGUCUCUUCAACCUGUACAUGAACCGUCUAAUUGUUGAACUGAGUAACACCAUGAUCGGAUGCUCAGUUGAUGGAAAGAUGGUUAAUUACAUCAGUUAUGCGGACGAUAUGGUGUUGCUCAGUCCUUCGAUAAGUGCUCUUCGUAAACUGUUAUCAGUUUGUGAACUCUACGCUGAGGCCCACGGCCUUCGGUACAACGCGAUCAAAAGCCAGUUACUGAUGCACAGUUGCGAGACCCUGGUGCCUGCGCCGGCGACGGGCCCCAACCUCCUUUUGGAGCUGGGUCGCCUGAUAAUCCGCGCCCGCUCGCCCUCACCGCGCGAUCCUCACGACCGUCUGCUUGCUGCUAAAUUGCUCGCCGCUAAUGCUAAGCCAAGCACCAGCCAAAUCUAUACCCAGCCCAAACCAGAACCUCCAAUAGGGCUGGAAGCACAACUGAGCAACCACGUGAACGCGCUCUGGACUGACCACAUCCCCGUUUGCAUCGAGGUACUGCUAGCCCCUGAUUGCAAAGAAUGCUUUACAUCUUUGAGCAAAGUGGAAGAAGAAGCCACGUACGACAAAUUACAUACUCAGCAGAAGGGGUUGCUGCUCGAACGGUGGACCAUGCGACCUAUUGUCAACAAGCCCCACGACACCCCGGCAUUCAUAACGUCGCAAUGGCUCCUGAACGCGGUCAGGUCCCAGCUUCACUUCUCCCAGUUGUCGGCUUGGCUGACUCGGCUUAUAAAGACAGAGGAUCGCGCUGAGCGCAGGAGGAAGCUAAGCCGCGAAACAUGUAACUACAAGAAACUCGAAUCCAAUUGUGAUGAGACCGAUCCAGCAAACGAAGAACGAAAUCUCAACAUCGUCUACUCCAUAAAGAUACCAGGCGAGAGUUACAAGAUGGCCGAAUUCACUAGACCACCUACCGACCAUACUUUUCCUGUCACUGACAUUGGCAAUAACACCUAUCUUAAAGUUCUGCUCGAAAGUUUACCAAGGAUUGACGACAUACCAGCUGUCAAAUGCACUUGUCAAAAACGUAGAGCGAGUAAAGAAAUCGCAGUCAAUGUCCACGAAGAAUUGGUCGGAAAACUUAAUGAUCUCACUUUAGCUAACAAGUACGAAUUCUCUGGUACGAUUAACACCAACUCCCAUUGCAGUACAAGUCGACGUUUGUCCAUAAUUUCUAAUCCAGGGUCUACAGAAUAUAUCUAUUCUACAGAGGAAAAGAAGGACAUAGUUGACGAUAGAAUGCAUACAACAUGCAGUGAGAAUGGGAAGCAUAAAUGUAACUGUGAUGAGGAAUCGGACGGCAACAGAUCUUCCAUUAGCUUAAGUCAAGAACCGAAGAAGUUAGACGAACGAAGGUUGAAAGAGAUAGCUAAAUACAAAAGACGGUUGCGAAAAGAGAUUAAGUUGAAAAAACUCUGUGAUAGCACCUCUUCAGAGGGAGAUGGCUUGCACAAGACAGAGAAGACUCACACUUCGAUACCAAUAUUGCAGGCAGCUAGAUUUGACAGGUUCAGAGCUAUAGGCUGCUAUAGGAACCAGACUUAUUUGACUUUGCCGGCAAGUAGAGUAGAGACCCGGUCUCCAUUCGUUGAUUCCGUUAGUAUACCACCAGCGGAGUUCAAGAAAACUGUAUCUGUAUCCACUCAAACGGAGGAUCUCGCUUGCCAGUGCGGCACUAAGAUAAACAUGAAGUGUGACGAGUGUAGAAUGGUCAGGUCCGAAGGCAAUUACAACCUUGCGUCUUUGGACAAAGAAUCAGAGAACGGCGUCCGGCGGAAGCUUGAAGACGAGGAUAAAUCUUAUAAAAAGCUCAAAUGUGAUAAUCUUAGUAGUAAUUUAAAGUGUGAUAAAUCUAGUUUAGAUGACGAUAGCUUUAGUAAUAACAAUGAGUUGAUCAAACGGCCCAAGUUGAGGCGCUUUUUACCUAUCAUGGACAAGAUUGAAAAGGUUGUAUCUGACAGAUUUCAGAAAGACAGUACUGAGAAAGAUAUGGAGAUACUCCACCUUAAAAACGAUGACACUGUGUUCUCUGCCCUUAAAGAGUCCAAGAGACAAAAAACAUAUUCUAUUAACGAAGAUGACUAUGUUAUGUACGAGAAAUGUGACUAUGGUACUAUUGAUCGUUGUGAUAUGGAAUCGCCUAAAGAAAUCGAUCAAAAUUGCUUUAAAUUCUAUGAACGAAAUCAUAAGUCUUUGCAAUCUGAUCUCAACAAUAUUAAAUCAGGAGCUUUGGAUCUCAAUUCCGAUAAGACUAAAGAUUCAGAAAAUAAAGAUAAUCAAGUACCGUCUCCUUCUGAAAUGGAUAGGUUUCGUUGGAGAUUUGACUCAGCAGCUUCUAUGGUGUUUCAUACCAAGACUGGGUUACCCCUGACGUCCAGUCCUGCACCAUUACGAAGAGGCAAUAACUGUUUUGAUUUUGACGAUUCGAUUAACGGAAUAUCUGGGAUUAAGAGUGCUCUUUUUCACCCUAUAUCCCCUCCAUCGCCGACCGCCGGUCCAUCCUCACCUGCAUCUCCCGCUCCCCGACCAACCCCCUCUCCACCGGUCGUGACGGCGCCCCCUCGUGCAAGGACUCCACCGAUGAAGAAGGAAACCACACCCAAGUUGAGGAUUGGACCCAGCACUGGACUGCUUGGGAGCUUCGAAGAAUCAGCUCUUAAAGGCCGCUUGGAACCAGUAGCUACCGUACACGGAUUUACUGCUGAGCUAGGCGCUUCUGGGGCUUUCUGCCCCCCUCAUAAACGACUGCCGGUCACUGUGUUCUUUUACGCCCCGGGUGGCACCAAUGCGCCUUAUAUGGGUCACAUAAACCUGGGCUCCGGCGGCUACCGCGUAGCCCAUUCGGGCACGAUCCAGGUGUCCCUGUUCAACCCACACGGCACCCUCGUGAAGAUGUUCGUUGUGUUGUACAACCUGACAUGCAUGCCACCGAACGCCAGGACAUUUUUGAGGCAGCGGACACUGUACAUGCCUGCGAACGCGCCACCACCAUCACCUCACCACCUGCACAAAUGGUUGCGAUAUUUAAUACAUCUUAGAUUCAUGACGUCAAAAUCCGGUAAACUUUAUCUUCACACCGAUAUACGUAUCAUCGUUUCAAGAAAAGCCGAUUUGGAUACCGCUACGGCACAUUCCGCUCUAUUCAGACCGUUGUCGACCAAUCAGACUCCAGUCGCGUCAUCGACAACCAACCAGAACUCGGAUACGACCAAUUACAAUCCAGGACCGUCGUGUUCGUUUAAUCGCACUCCGAAUAGAGUUUUUGGCGGUUGCAGCGAAUUCGAUUCGGAGAACAAAAUGAAGGAAAUAGGAUACGAAAAUCAAAAUGGCGUAUCUUAUGAAUUGAGAAGUUUCACUUAUGCACCGGAUAAUCCCAAAUAUUCACCACGUUAAUUAAUUUAAUUAAUUUAAUAUUAAUCACGGGGGAUGCAAUAUUUAAUCUAAAAACGUAUCUCGCCUUUAUAAGAGAAUUAAGACCUAAUUACCUCCUCAGUUAGGGGUGAUUUCCCUCUCUAGUAUUAACAUUAUUCGACGGCUACCUUCUCUGUAAAGGAGGACAAUUUUAAAUCGUUUUCACUGUGACUUAGCAAUUAAAUCAAGUACUUUGAAUACAUUUCUAAGGGUUGUAUUACAUAACUGAUAUCACAUCGUAUAAAACACCCAGAGUCGAUAAUAACUCUCUCUGACAUCCCAUGGAAUGAAAAGUCAAAAUCAAGAAAUUGAAAAAAGUUACUUGUAAUUUUCUUAUUAUUAGUUUUUUUUUUUCUAAAUAGACAUAAAAAACAUAGAACAAAACACAAUGCAAUAAUUCCUGCAUUUCAGAGUGUGGUAUUUUUUUUGUUGUGAGUUGAGGUCGGCCUUCUUUUUAAACCAUCUCUAAAAAGCUAUCGAUGUUAUUAAUUAUGUAAUAUAACUCCAUAGCCCUUAUUAGUGGAAGGUCCCCAAGUAUGUGACAAAAUUGCAUGUCAAAGUUUUGCUCUAACACAUAAAGGGCAUAACUUGAAAGCUCUUUAAAUGUUGCUAUGGCAAACCAUCCUGCCGCUCGCUGUGUAAUGAGUGGUAUGGAGUUUAAAAGUUUACUACAUUUGACACUCUCCUACUGCCUUGACAAAUCUCCUAUUCGAAACUUGACAUUUAGACUGUCAAUUUUGAAUUUUAAGACUAACUUUGGAGAGAGGUAAGUUUCUUGGAAAAUACGUGGCAAUAAGUAAUGACGCUUGGACAAGCAUUGUCCAUUUUUAAUGUAAUUUAAAAAAGAACGACUUUUAAAGGGUGAUUUGGCGGCAUUUUUUUUUAAUUGUGUAAAAUUUGAUUCCGUAAAAAUCUAAUUAAUCUUUUUUUUUUAUAUAUAUAAUGUGAUCAGAGUCUGCAGGCAAACUAAAUCGGUUUGACCAUAUUUCUUUGUAUUAUCGGCAUCGGUACACAACAGAACAUAGGGCUCCAUGUUCCAUGCCUUCUACAUUAGAUUGUUUUUUAGAGAAGGCCAUAAAAUAUAAAAACAGUGAUCAGUUUUUGAAGAUUGAGAUGUUCCUCUUGAAACAAAGAUAUAAAUACGAGUUUCAUUUUUUUUGUCUACCUUUAGGCUUUUUAAAUAUGUUGGCCUUUAUGGGAGAUUCUCUUUCUUUCUUUUUAUAAAAUUUUACUUUUAACCACGAAUUGAAGAUUAUAUAAUUAAGAACAAAAUGCUUGCCCAAAACUCGCCCCUAAAGAGUGAUAUGUAAACUUUAAGGGGGUGUUCGCCCCUUUAUUGAGUUACCUAGAUUGUGACUAUUUUGAUUAACAAGAAUGUCUAUGUAUAGUGCGUAUUUGCCCUAAGGGGGGGCCUAGGUUUGUAAUUAGGGAAAGGGGAAAAUCGCCUUCCUGUAUAUUGGGGGGGAACUAAACAAAGUAUUAUUCGGCUAGUAUGUUCAAUGUUGUGAAUUUUUAUUGGGCCUUUAUAAUAAUGAUAUCAGUCGGUUAUAGUACACCGUAGAACACAGGCCUUAUUAAAUGGAAUCUCGAUUUCUCUACAAUUCAUUCACGUAUACUCCGUCCAACCGUUUAUGCAAUACUUCCUUUUCUUUUUUAAUUUUAGUGAAGCGACGUGCUCUUUAGCUCCGAUAUUUAUCGAGUCAGAAACAGAUUAUGUAACGAAGAUUGUGCAACUUGAUAAAUGAACGAGAAUCAUCACUGGAAUCCUUAUUAACAUUAAUUAUUGAGUACACAAAUUGUCAAACGCAACACCACGAUCCCAAUCAGACAAUAUCUUCUUUUUUGAAGCCACUCACAUUCACGACUUAAUCGAUUGUCAUAAAAAAUGGAAUCGGAAAUUCAUUAGGGCAUCACUAAUUAGAAUUCGAGCUGUCAAAAGUGAAAUAAAAGGUUGGACGGAGUAUAAUAAAUAUCCUGGUGUGUCAGGGGGCGAUUAUAACCUCUUUAACGUUCUGGUUUCCUUCCAUAGCGGUGCUAAAUCACGUUCAAUGACGUCACUAAAGGAUGGCCGGCACCGCUACCAUAGCGUAGAAAAGUCUAUGUCAAUUGUUUAAAGUACAAACUAGAUAUUGGUCAAAAAACAGCUCGUGCGUCUUCUCGAGAAUUCAAGCAUCUACCAUAUCGUAUCUAGUUUGUGCAUUGCACAAUUGACAAAAGUAAUUACGCUGUGUACAGUUUCCGGACAAUCACACCAAUUGCUUGAUUCGCAAGUCUGCUAAUUUUAAUAAUAAUAAUAAUAAUAUUUAUUCACCAAGUCCCAUCACGCAACAUUUAGUACGACAAGGUACAAUUUUUGGAUCUUUUAAAACACUCCAGAACUUAACCUCUAAAAAAAGUCACUUAAUUGUUUAAAUUAAACAAUAUCUAUGUCAAAGAAAUCUACUUACAAUUUAGUGUUUACACAAUUUACAUCAAAUCAUCCUUUAUAUAGCAUCUGAUUUAUCAAAUAAAAAUACGUAGUAAAAAUUACGUAUUUAUAU